AUGUAUCCCUCUUACGAGAAAUUUAAGCAAAACGUCGAGGCAACUUCAACUCUUAGCUGGCAAAUAAAUGCGACUGAGGCUCCUCCUGGGGUGAUGCCUCCCCAUUUGUUGCCAUCGUCUCCUCAAUCUUACUUACCACAAAGGCCAAUUUCGCCAACGUUCAACAAUGGACAUCAGAUCAACCCUCCUCAUUUUAAACCACAAAGUCAAUUACAUGAGAAAUUCAAGAAAAAUAAGCGCGGAUUCAUACGCCAUAGAGAUGAGGCAAUUAACAAUCAAUACGCAUAUAACUCAGAUCAAAAGUCGAAAAGCGAAUUGACGAACAAUGGUUAUUCAUCUUCACCAUGUUAUAAUAACUCACCUGUCAAUUCAAGUCAUCAUCAUCAAAUAUGGCGCGCGCCAAAUCAUAACAAUUUUCCAAAUUGGCCGAUAACAAAUUCAAUGGAAUAUCUAUACACUCCGGAACAUUUCGAAAGGCAAAAUCGUCAAAUAUUCCCCCCCGGAACACUUUCACCUUUUCACGCUCCACCAGAAUCACAAUCCUACCCAAUUCGUCAUUUUCCACAGCAAUAUCCGCAUCAUUUAAUUCCUGAUCCUCCUAUUUAUCCACGACAAUCAAAUAACUACCAAUUUUAUGGUUCACAACGGCCAGUCAUGCAACACUUUUAUCAUCAUGGAUCUCAACCUAGAGACUUCCAUCGACCUAUAAUUUCACAAUUUCCUACUUAUGCGCUGGGUAAUGAUAAUAAUGAUUCAUCGACUGUUCCUUUGUCUAAUGAUUCAUUGACAAAUUCAGUUCAUACUUAUGAAAAUGAUGGUCGUAAACUCUUUACGAAGAAAAAAUUUGUAAAUAAAAUUGAAAUUAACUUAAAAGACAGAAUCAGUCUGUUAAAUUUCAACUCCUCUAAAUCGUUUGUACCAGAUGAUGAAAUUCAUGAAGCGUUUGGUAUAAAGAAGAAAAUUAAAUUGGACAUGGAGAUCAAUUCGGUUCAAAGUGCACAUGAUGCAAACUCGGCAGAUAAUAAUCAAAAUCUGAAGUCACAUGAUAUCUCUGAUAGAGCAACGGAUUCUAGUGAGAAUUUAAUUUAUGAUUCACUUUCUUCAGGCGAAAAUUCCACUCGCCGGGAUAGUGGAAUCGCUUGUGACAAUAUGGAAUUAGAUGAUGAGAUUAUUAAGGAAAAGGACAUUAAAGAUCCUCCAAUAACUAUUUCUAAUACUGUGUUAGAAAAAACAAAUUAUAAUGCUAAUCCAAUUAUUAAUAAUUCAGAGACUGUCAAUGAUGUAGUGGAGUCUAAUUUGGUGUCAUCAGAUGAUGCAAUUGUUAUAGACUCAGGCAUGAUAGAGAAAAUGACGGAGUUAGAAGAGGAGUCUAAAUUUACAAAUAUAAAUAAUAAUGUACUUAAUACUAAUAAUGUUCAGGAAGAUUCUUUUGUCUCGUUGAAUUCCGACUUGGAAGUGUCAUCAACGCCGACUUUAAGUCAAAUUACAAGAAAAGAUAGCACGGACAUAAUUUCAAAUUCUGAUAUUAGGAAUUGUUUGAUGCUUGUUGAUAAUGAAAUUAAUGAGAUUCAGGGAGAAAAGGGAGAGGAAACAACUCUAGUUGAUUCGGUCAUAGUUACUGUUAAAGAAUCAGGAGACGACUUCAAAAAAAAUCUUUCUAUUGAAAAUUUGUCAGCCCUUAACGAUAAUGCUUUGGGUAUCACUUCUAGCAAUUCUGAAAGUUCUGAAGACUCUUUUAUAAUUGUAGAUGAUUUACCAGAAUAUAUAGAUUCUAGUUUAAAAUUUACCGAUGACAACUCAACGGUGGAAUUAUCCAAUUCAUUUUCAAAAUUGGAUUUCGGUUAUAUAAGUAGUGAUAAGCGAUGCUGUACUAACUUAAAAUUAAAAACUGAAGAACCUCCCUCACCCAAAAUUCCAGUAACAUAUGAGGAUAAUGAAAUUCCUAUUCAUUCGUCAAAUGUAUGUACCAACUCAAUAAAAAAUGGAAAAGAUCGAUUUGCUGGAGCUGUUUUUACUCGCCAGGGCAUAAAAGAUCUUGCCUUUGUAAAGUUCGAAGGGUACUCUGCAAAUCAACGUGUUAAGGUUCUAAACGUUGAUAGUAUUUGGUAUCCUGGUACAAUCAUUGCAAUUGAUAAAACUAAAGUUAGAGUGCGUUUUGAUGGUUGGGAUGCUAAAUAUGACGAAUGGGUAUCAAAGGAUAGUCGAAGGUUGAGAGUGAUGAGCGAUGAAGAAAUUCUUGAAAUACAGAAGAAUUCUUCACAAAACAAUAAUGUCGCGAUGGCUAAACAACGUUCCAUCUUCAAUAAGAAUAUUGAAAAACAUGAGAUAAUACCGGAUACAAAAGAUCCGCAAACAAAAUUUUCGACAAAAUCAAAGCGAACAAGAAAGAGAACUGCUGUAAAACCAACGAUAAGUAAUGACACAAAAAAAGUACAAUCUACCCCGACAAAGAAAAUUAUUGACCAUAAGCAAAAGAAGAGUAAUCCUCGAUCGCAAACACCAACAAUAAUUCGUAAAAAGAAUAAGUGCAAUUCUUGUGAAAGCUUAUUUGAUAAAUUGGAGAAAGUGGGCGCAAUUGAAUUAUGUACUAAGUGUGUGCCAUUAUUUGCACCUCAAUUAACGAGAGUCAAAGCAUUUGCACAUGACUUCACAUUAGAUCAAAAAGUCCAAGUACUUAAUAUAGAUAAGAUUUGGUAUCCUGCCAGGAUUGUAAAGGUAGAAAAAUCCAGAAUUAAAGUUCACUUUGAUGGUUGGGGGAAAAAAUUUGAUGAAUGGAUAUCUGUAGAAAGUCGAAGAUUGAAAUCCUCAACAGAAAAUGAAGAAAAUAAUUUACCUAAUUAUAUCGAGACUAAUCAAGAUAAUCUUGAUCAAAACCAUAUUCAAUCAAAAGCUUCUACGUCCAAAAGUCCUCAAAAAUCUAUUAAUCUAAAUGAUAAACCAAAAAAACCAAGGAAAGAUUCCGCAUGUUUUCACGAUAACGAUAAGGAAUAUCAAUCGAAUAUUUGUCCGGAAUCGAUAUCACCAUCUUCAUCAUCUCUUAGCGCGUCCGAAUCAAAUUAUAACUCUCUAAGUAGUUCUAGUGAAGAAACUGAGAUAAAACCACAUAAGCCCCAUGUUAAAAGAACUGUACGAAACAUUAAGAAGGAUACGAUACGCAAGAAAAGCCAAUCAUCCGAAGAGAAAAUAUGUGAAUCAUGUAAAAUUAUGCAUCUAAAUGUACAAAGAGUAGGCAGUCUUGACUUAUGUACCUAUUGUAGGUCACUCUUUGGUGACGAUGCUACGUUCCGUUUUAGACGUGGUGGUCAAUAUGGUUUUGAACUUCAAAAACGGGUUAAAGUUUUAAGUCGAGACGGCGAAUGGUAUCCGGCCACAAUGGUAGAUGUUGAGGAUGGACGUAUUCGAGUGCAUUUUGAUGGUUGGAGUGAUUAUUUUGAUGAAUGGAUCCCAGCAGGAAGCCAAAGAAUGAGAGACAUGACACUUGAAGAAAUAUUAGAAGCACAAAAGGCAUAUGAACAGAUAGAUAAAGAGACGCUUCAACAAAGAGAAAUGAUGUAUAUACCACAAAGAAGAAAAAGAACCAAUUUAAAACGACCAAUACAACCACCUUCAACGAUAACUCCUAAUGGAACAUCAAAAACAACAGAGUCGACAAAAGUCAUUAAUAAUAAUAAAGCAGGUUGCGAUUCAGAUUUAUUUUCUCAACAAAGUGACCUUUCAUCAAAUUCCAUGAUCUCAUUUGAUUGGAAUGAAUUUUAUUUUGGACGAGACACUCGUCGCAGUCUUCGUAAUGACAAGCUAUUAAGUAAUUCUGAUGUUCUUGCUAAGCUAAAAUCUCGGUUUAAACCAGGAAAUCAAAUUGAAGCACGAGAUAGGUUAAAGGAAUGGGUUCCUGCAACAAUUAUUGAAGCUAAAGGUUGUAGGGUAUUAAUACAUUAUGAUGAUGUUCCAGCCUUCUAUGAUGAAUGGAUAGAUAUAAGCAGCGAUAGACUUCGUGAAAAAUGCACAAAAAAUGAAAACGAUGACGAUUAUCGUUUGGAAUUUGUUGUAAAUGGCGCACUUAAUGGGAGGUUAAUUACAGCCGAUGAUAAAUGGUGUAUAUAUUGCAAUCAAUGCAAUGUAGUUAUAAAACAGUUCAGAUAUUAUUGUACAUAUUGUGAGUCGCCAUCAGAGGGAAACGACUAUAGGAGUUUUGAGCUCUGUGUGUGGUGUUUUGCGCAUCAAUUUCCAAAUUAUCACGAACAUCCUCGUUGUUCUUUUGCCGUUCAAACAGUUAUUGAUGAUGAAGCAAUCAAAAUGUCUUCCAAAGGCGAAGUUGUUAAGAUUUUUGACAAAGAUAUUUUUGAUACAACAUAUAAAGAUCCCGAAUUUGAUUUAACGAGUAAUAAUGUACCAUUGGAUACGGACAUGGGAUAUCUUUACCUACAAGCAUGGAAUAUGCGUAAAAUAUGUGGCUUUUGCAAUGAUGAUGACUCAAAUCAACUUGGUGGAUUCAUAGCUCCAUAUCCUUUCGUUUCUAACACCUAUACACGUCACGGUGAAAAACAGAAGACUUUUUGGGCUCAUCAUGCAUGUGCAAAAUAUUCACCAGAAGUUUUUGUUACAAAAUCAAGUGAAUGGUACAACGUAACAUUGGCUUGGAAAAGAGGUCGAAGCAUGAAAUGUGGUAAAUGCAAGGAGCGUGGCGCAACGAUCGGAUGUUUCGAACCUAAAUGUGCAAAAAGUUAUCAUCUUUCAUGCACGGAUAAACCGCUUUCACAUUUUGAAAUGGGUGUUAUUUUCUAUUGUCCUACACAUGAGGCGCGUUACCUUCAAAAAGAAUUAUACAAUGAGGUAUACCGUUGUGAUGUAUGUUCAUGUGAAUUACAAGAAGACAAAUGGAUGACUUGCAAGCCUUGCGAGUCGAACUUCUUCUCAUCUUUUGAUUUGUGUUUACAAUGUUUUGAAGAAAAGUAUCCUGAACAUGAACAUGAUAAAGAUGAAUUUGAAGAAACAUCUGUUAAGAAAAUUAAAGACGCUCAAAUCACGAAACAAGCAGCACUUGCCGUUGCAAAUCAAAAGGCUCAUAGCGCAGGAAUGCGGAAGAAAUCUAGAAAUUCGCAACAAAAUAAAGGAGGGAGAAUUCAAUGUUCAUAUUGUUGGGCGGAGGAGUCUCCUCGUUGGAGGAAAGGUUAUAAUGGUGUACUUAUGUGUGAGGAUUGUUUUGAAUUAGUUUUGGUAAAUAAUAAUUCGGGAGAUCAUCAAGAGAAAGAUAAAUUAUUAGUUACCAGCGAAGAUUAUUCGUACCAACCAUAUUUGACAAGAAACUUCUGUUCCGAUAAAAAAUUUGAUGACUUCGAAUCUCAAGCAAUGCAUUUAGAUAGUUAUGAACCCACAGAGAAUCAGUUGUUUUCUUUGCCCUUUGAUAGUUCUUAUUUUGAUAUUCCGGGUCGUGCUCCAAGGUGGGCUACGCAUAGUGGUACCGAUUAUCAUGGUACUUGGCUACCACAAACUGUUCGCAGAGCAUUACUUCGCUUUACAAGGAAGAACGGAAAAGUUCUAUCAAAUUUCCUAGGGAGAGGAACGGAUGCUAUUGAAUCUUUCCUACUCGGAAGGAGACUUAUUGGCAUUGAUAUCAACCCAGCAGCAGUUGCUUUGUCACAGCGAAAUUGCUCUUUCGCGAUACCACCGAAUAGGGAUAUCACAGCCGAACAUCGGCCGAUAAUACUUCAAGCUGAUUCUAGAAAUUUAUCAGGUUCUAUGUUUGAAGACGAGUCCUUUGAUCAUAUAUUGAGUCAUCCGCCCUAUAAAAAUUGUGUUGAAUAUUCAACACAUAUUGACGGUGACUUGUCAAGAUUUGCAAACUCAAAGGAAUUUGCUGUAGAAAUGAGUAAAGUUAUUGAUGAAUCUUGGAGGUUAUUGAAGCCCGAAAGAAGAGUUACUUUAGGAAUUGGUGAUAACCGUGAACAUUGUUUUUAUGUCCCAGUUAGCUUUAAUUUAUUCCGUCAAUAUAUCGAUCAGGGAUUUGAAUUAGAAGAGCUGGUUGCAAAACGUCAGAGAUAUUGCCAGGCAUUUGGGCUUGGUACAUAUCUUUGUGUACAAUAUGAUUUUCUAAUGUUUACGCAUGAGUUUAUUGCAACUUUUAAGAAGGUUGACAAAGCACAUAAUGAUAGAUUGUUAGUGACACCUGAUGAAUCUACAUUAUCGGGCACAGUGACGUAUUUAAGGAAUCUUAGAGAAAUCCCAAUUCUUCCUAUUGCACGAAAAAGUGUCGUAAUGGGUACAACUUGGACUUUUAAGCCAACACCAAUACAUAAUUUUGUACAACUUUGUACCUCAAGAAUGGUUGAACGGUUUGGUAGAGACUUUGCCAAUUGGGAAGAAAUACGGAUAAAAUUUAACAAUAUGGAGCCGAAUAAUACAGUUAAUGUUAAUCAAUUAUAUAAAUACGAAGACAAAGCUGAUAGUGAGGAAGAAGACAUGCCAGAAUAUGAGCGCAUUAGACAAAAAAGGAUUAAAGAAAAUCAGAAAAUGUUGCUUUCAUUGGGAUUAAAAUGUGAUCUUGGAGAAACAUCAGAUGACAUUUCUCAUCUUGAAAAAAUAUUAAAUAGUAUGCCCUUACCUCCGCCAACGCCAACGGCAUUAAUUGUUGUUCCACACAUUCCCAAUAAUCUUCUUACCUCACAAAUUAUACCGACUUAUCGUACAGCAGUUAAGCAUUUAGCAAAAGAAGCAUAUGAAAAAUUACCGCCAUCGGGAUUUUUUGUUAUAGGAGGACAAGACGUUAGAACUUCAGAUAAUAAAUUAUGGCCACUUAGCAUGCUUUUUAUGGAAGAUGUAAAUCAUUCUGUUGGGGAAGAUAGAAUGCCAUUAAAAGAACUUGUGGUAACAGUACCUGAAGGUUACGCUAAAGAUAAGAAAAGAAUCACAAAAAAAGAUGAUUACAUAGAAGAAUAUUGUAUCGUAGAUGAAGAAGAUAAAAUAGAACAUUUACCAAUUAUUCAUGCAUGUUAUCUUAUAUUUAUGAAACUUCGUUAA